UACUUUAAAAAAUUAUCAAACCUAUAUAUAAGUCACGUGAUUUUUCCAUCAAAAAUGAUUAACUUGGAGGAGAAAAUAGCAAAGGAAAUAGAUUAGUUACAGCAUUUGCAAAGUAAAUAGCUCAAAAUGAAAUUGUUGCUGAUGUUAUGUAUAUUCGCUUCGAUCCACAUCUCUACGCAGAUUCCAAUGGUCGAGAAGAUCUGCAUUCAACCUUCGAAACUUUUAUCGUUCUGGAAUUGCUUGCUAAACAAUUUACCUCGAUAUUACAAAAACCAUUAUCUACGCAUUGCAAACUGCAUCAAAUUGGUGAAGGAGAUAACGAAUAUAUACGACGCUCUGGCCUAUUUUACUUGUUCGGAAGAAAUAGAUCUCGGAGAUAUGAAAGAAUGUCUGAAUAAUUAUCCAUCUAGUAAUGUUGGAACUCCGAGCAGAAAUGACGAAAGAGAAACAGAUUACGUUUUUGGUGCUUGUUUUAAACAGUCCUACGAAUAACGAAAUUUGAUAAAAAUUUCUGAAACAGACAUUAAAGAAAUUUAUAAAAUGUACUAAUUUGUUUAUUAAAUAAAUAAAUUCAAUUUUGAUGUGUUGAAGCCUAUUUUAACGAUAUUUAUAAUUUUAGUAACUGAUAACAGUAAAUAAAAAAUAACAUCAAGUUUUUUAAAAAUCACCACUAGAAAGAGAAAUAGCUCUGACAAGACACAAUACUGUACUUACUUAAUAUACUGUACAUGGAGUUCAUAAUAAGUAACAAGCAUAUACUUCCGCACUUAA